ACAGUAGCUCGAACACAUGGGCGUUUAUUGCAUUUUGUUUUUUUUUCAUUUCAAAUUCAUAAAAGAAUGUCGUAACACACAUGUUGAAAUCACGCGGCUCAGUCGUUUAUAUUUGUCGCUUCGAUGCCUCGUUCCUGCUGUGCAUAAAGUCACACUGUGGCUUUGUCACUCUCCACUCCUGUCUUUGAAACUGGGGCCCAUGUCGCAUGUAUCUAUUAAACCAUCAGCUGUUGCUUGCUCGUGUGACCACAUGUCGACUGUAACAUACCCACAGCUAUCUUCAGCUCAUCAGUCAGUGUCUGAUUGAUCUUUGUGGUGAUGAACUAUCUGGUUGGCCAAAGAACGGUGCAUGCACAAGCAAAUCAUUUCAGUGCCCGUCCAAGUGAAAUGAUUUUUUUUUUAAUAUGGGACAUUUAUGGGACAUUAUCAUUUUAGAUAAUACUGGACACCAUGUAUACUCAGAACUGCUCAGCUCUACCCAAUAAGCAAAUAUUUCUCGCCUGAUUCUUGACAGAUUCAGCUCUUAACACACUUUUAGUUCAAAUAAAGCAAUUGAGGACAUGGUCAAAUGGCCCCAUCUGCUGCUCAGUUCAUUUUCGUGUAGACUUAAGACGACGUUUUGGGUAUUCACUUUUUCAGUAUUGGAACUGAACGUGUUUUGAAAUAAAAGGACCAAGAUUUAUUUAAAUAUUGGCUUUAAUCACCAAGUGAGUAACGUAUUGCCUUUUUCUCUCUUUGUCUGAUCUCAACCAUUGUACGGCUGCUUGUGGUGCCUUGCCAAUCUUCCUCCUCCCCCUCCUCCUCGUCCUUCUCACACCGAUUCUCUCUGCAUGCAUUUGGCCCUCGUAAGCGAAACCCCGUGAGCUUCCCGAGACUCGUCUGGAAUCUGAGGUGCUUCCUAAAGUGGCUCGGAUGACCGUCUCUGGAAAGAAGCAGACCAUGGGCUUCGAAGUGCCGAGUUCAGAGGAGAAUGGAGUCACCUCCUCUGUCCGCAGAGGUCAGAGUCCAGAGGCGACGGCAAUGGCCGCUCCGGAGACUCCUUCGAAAGCGGCGUGUGUGGUGGCGGAGGACACGGCGGCCCCGACUCCGCCUCGCUCCACCAGCAAAAACAAACAGCAGAUCAACAUCCGCACCGAGCUGGAGCAGAGGCAGGGAGGGAAACCUCUCCUCAACCUCGUCGUCAUAGGUCACGUGGAUGCCGGUAAGAGUACGCUCAUGGGUCAUCUCCUGUACCUGCUGGGGAACGUGAAUAAACGCACCAUGCACAAGUACGAGCAGGAGGCCAAGAAGGCGGGGAAGGCCUCUUUCGCAUACGCCUGGGUGCUGGACGAGACCGGAGAGGAGCGAGACAGAGGGGUGACCAUGGAUGUGGGCAUGACCAAGUUUGAGACCAACUCUAAAGUAGUGACCCUGAUGGACGCACCAGGACACAAAGACUUUAUUCCUAAUAUGAUCACUGGAGCAGCACAGGCAGAUGUAGCCGUGUUGGUGGUGGAUGCCAGUCGGGGGGAGUUCGAGGCCGGGUUCGAGGCCGGUGGUCAGACCCGGGAGCACGCUCUCCUCGUUCGAUCUCUCGGCGUCACACAGCUCGCAAUCGCUGUCAACAAGAUGGACCAGGUGAACUGGCAGCAGUCAAGGUUCCAAGAAAUAACUUCCAAACUUGGUCAGUUUCUCAAGCAGGCUGGUUUCAAGGAAUCUGAUGUCUAUUACGUCCCUACCAGUGGUCUUUCAGGAGAGAAUCUCACCACCAGGAGCAAAGAAGCAGCGCUCACUGCCUGGUACAAAGGCCCAUGUCUCCUGGAGCAGAUAGACUCAUUUAAAGCUCCUCAGAGAUCAGUGGAGAAGCCCUUCAGACUCUGCGUGUCGGACGUCUUUAAAGAUCAGGGCUCCGGUUUCUGUGUGACGGGGAAAAUCGAAGCUGGCUUCAUUCAGACAGGAGAGCGAGUGCUGGCCAUGCCUCCUAACGAGACCUGCACUGUAAAAGGUAUCACUCUUCACGACGAGGCGUUAGACUGGGCAGCCGCCGGCGAUCACGUCAGCCUGACGGUCACUGGCAUGGACAUCAUCAAGAUCAAUGUCGGCUGUGUGUUCUGUGACCCCAAGGAGCCCAUCAGGGCCUGCACUCGUUUCCGAGCCAGAAUCCUGCUGUUUAAUAUCGAAGUGCCAAUAACACAAGGCUUCCCUGUUCUGCUGCACUACCAGACCGUGAGCGAGCCUGCCACCAUCAGGAAGCUGGUCAGUGUCUUACACAAAUCCAGCGGCGAGGUUCUGAAAAAGAAACCGAAAUGUUUAAGUAAAGGCCAGAACGCUGUGGUGGAGAUUCAGACUCAGAGACCUGUGGCUCUGGAGCUUUAUAAGGACUAUAAAGAGCUGGGACGGUUCAUGCUGCGUUAUGUGGGUUCUACCAUCGCUGCUGGGGUCGUCACUGAGAUCAAAGAAUAAACUGCAGCUGCACUCCGAUCCUUCAGGACACGCUGACUGGACUGAGGAGCCACCGAACAGAAGUGCAAUUCCACCCACGAACUGGACGUCCCACCCGAUCCUCACCCCUUUCCCUCCUCGUCACGAGCUCAUCCACAUCCUCUCUGGUCUCUAACAUGGGAAACACUUUCCACCUGAAGGCUCGGCAUCUGCAUGCCUUAGACUCCCUUUAACACCACUCAAGCACAGAUUGUUUACAUUCACCACAUCCCUGAUGAACAAACAGUGAGCUGAGUCUUUUAUUAUUUUAUGUAGCUUAAUGGAAAUCUUAAUUUGACUGGUAGAAAGAAAGGGAAAUGCACCCUGGGAUUGGGGUGAGAUGUUUUUAGGGUGCAUUUUUUUUUUUCCUGAGGAUAUUUAUGAAUUAUUCAUCAAGGGCUUUGUUAUCACAGAACCAAAUAUUGUACAAUGCAUUGAUCUUUCAAAAUCCCUUUCUCUCAUAUCUAUUGCUGCUGAUGAAAAUGAAAUGAAUAACCUGCUCAGGUCUGCACUAGUGUUAAAAAAUAAAUAAAAUAAAUAAUAAAUAAAAUGUAAUAAUAAAGUAAAUAUAUUUAAUAAUAACAAUAAUUAUUAAUAUUAAAUAUAAUAAUAAUUAAAAAAAAUAUAAAAAUAAUUAUUUUAAAAACUGUGCACCAAACCUACAGUCAACACUAAAGACCUGAGUCGAGUCAGUAGAGACAGAGAGAGUUAACGAAGGGUUCUUCUACAGUGCUACGGUGAGGAGGGGGGGGGGGUUAUUGAAGCUGAACUUGUUCAAACAUCUGAAUGCUUCUUCAGUAUGAAAAUAAAAUCACAAACAUGGCUGCACAACUCCUUGCAUGACCUGACUUAUAUUUAUAUUCGUGGCUGUCAGUGAAUACAUCCUGAUGCUGGGACACUAGGUCAUGGCCUGGGUGUUAUCAGUCUACACACUCUGUUGGAGAAGCAAGGAAAAGCACACAGACUACACAGGUGCUAGAUUUUAAAUUCUUUAUUAAAGGAGAAAGAACAAAAAUCUACAAAUAAUGUCCU